AAAGAUAGCCACACGAUCUUUACUCGGCGCAAUUUGACUCAAAUCGCACAAAGAGCAAAGGCGAUAGAAAAAGAUGCUACAGUUUCAACACCUCUUGACCGUAUUUCUUCUGGUCACACCAAUUUUGACCCAAGACCCAGAUCUGGAGCAAGCACCCUACAAUGUGGUUGAAGCCAAAAGCACUUACGAGGUAAGAGACUAUCCGGCCCGGAAAUGGGUGUCCACUUACAAUUACGCCAUGAAUAUCCACGAUGGAGAGGAAUCUUCGGUGAGCUUUCACCGUCUCUUUGACUACAUCGACGGGAACAACAUGGAGGAGACGAAGAUUGACAUGACCUCACCCGUGACGAUCUUCAUCAAACCUGGAGCGGGCCCCAAUUGUGAGAGUGAAUUCACCAUGAGCUUCUACAUUCCCGAGAUCUACCAAGAAGCCCCCAUUUCACCCAAGUCAGAUGAUGUCUACAUUGAAGAGAGGGACGAGUUCAGAAUUGUCGCUUCCCAGUUUAGUGGAUUUGCCACUUCUGAAGAUUACAUCAAGGCCGCCGCAACCUUGUACGAACAAGCCACUGCCGAUGGAUAUAAUUUGAUGGCCGAUACUUAUUACACUGCCGGAUAUGAUGGCCCGUAUACCAUUGUCAACCGCAGGAACGAGGUCUGGUUCAAAGUGCGAGCCUAACCAUAUGCUCUAACCUGUCUGAUACACUUGUCUUCAUGGCACAGAUGUUUUCUAAACAUGAGCACAGAAUAAGUCAUCCAAUCCAAGUUGCCCUCAAAUGACUCCAGAUUUUGCCAUAUGAUAAUGACAGCCAACGAGGAAAAUAAAUCUUUAAAUGCCUCUCUGAGAGGAUACAAAGGA